GAGAGACAUGUUAUCACCUACUGAAACAAGACAAGCACCAACAUCCUACAGCAGUCCCGGCAUCACGUGUGUCCUGAGUCUCGACCCUCACGCGCACCUCUUCAGGAGUGCCGAGGAGCAGCAGGUUAGCACACCCAUCCUUUCUCAUCUGGAACCAUGAGGAAAAGGCUGAUCCAGGUUUCUGGUUUCUUGAUCUCAACGCUGGGAUGGCUUUUUGUACUUUGUACUAUGGCAAUGGAUUACUGGAGGAUCACCCAGAUAGGUGGCCAGGGAGGUUCAUUCAUUAUCAAGGUGGCCUGGUACUGGUCCAACCUGUGGCAGGACUGCUUCACAGACUCGACAGCAGUCACCAACUGCAGAGACUACCCUGUGCUGUGGUCUGUCAAACCUAUCGUCCAGGGAGUGAGAGGCCUGCUGAUGUGUGGACUAACCCUUGGGUUUUUUGGUGCAAUAUUUUGCUUUGUUGGCAUGGAGUGCACUUAUAUUGGAGGAGGGGGAAAAAACAAGGAUAUGCUUUUGUUCGCUGGAUCCGUAUUUCACUUUGUCGGUGGUGUGUCAGACUUAGCUGCAUACUGCUUAUACAUCAACAAAGUCGCAAGGACAACUUUCACUCAAUCUUCGCCAGGAAUCCUAAAGUAUGACUUAGGACCUCCCAUUUUUAUAGGAUUGGUUGGGUCUUUCUGCAUCCUCUUAGGGGGCAUUCUCUACGCUGUGACUGUAUACAAAGUCCUAUUCCCUAAAGCAAAAGUGGUGCUCGCCCAUGGUGGUACUAGAACACGAACAUACAUGGCCUCUCGGGCCGGAGGCAGAACCCUUUACACUGGAUACUACAGACCACCCAGACAGUACAGAUCCUACGGCUCAGGGAUAACCAGCAGCUCUAAACUCACUAGGAUCUCCCAGAUAACACCUGAGAAGCUGUCAGACAGAGAUGCUUUUGUGUAGUGGCAUUGGCUACAGUACUAGUUUCAGACAAUGUGUUUGUAAAUACCAUUAAGAUAAAGUCUAUUAAGGAAAUUGUGAACAUUGUUUUUUUCCCCAGCUACAUUAUUUGAUCUAGUCUUUUCAGGUCAAUUUUCAUUUGAUCACUCUGUUGUUGUAGAGAAUUUUCCUGCACAGAAGGAAAUGCUAAUUCUAGUGUAUUUGAGGUUUUAAAAGGUUUCUAAAGUUUGUCAUGUCCAUGUUAAAAUGUCAGAUUUGCUUUAUCAUAACGAAAAAUGUAUCAACGCCGACAAAAAAAGUCCAUUAAUUUCAAUCCACAUAAUAAUUCACAUUUCCUGUCCCUGCAGGAUUAUUUUCCUGCUGUUUAACUGGUCAAAUUAAGAUAGUAUUGCUAUGUAUUGUAUUGCUAUGCCAUAGGUUUUAAUUUACAAAUCUGCCACAUACUGUUAAGCCUAUCUGUUUUCUGUCUGUAUGAUUGAUACACCCAGAAAAGAUGAGAUUCUGUGAAAGUAUGACAUGAGAAGGAUCUUUGUAUGCAAUUAUGAUAUGUUUCAUAUUUUGAUGAAUAUAAAUACAACUUUGGAUAUACAAUAGAAAUAAUGGAGUGAUUAUUGCAGACACAACUAUUUCGUAAAACCUCUAUUGCAGACUGAAACCUAUAAGGAAAACCAUGGCCCUAGGACCGUGCCCCAGGACUACCUGACAUGAUGGCUCCUUGCUGUCCCCAGUCCACCUGACUGUGCUGCUGCUCCAGUUUC